UAGACAACUGUUUUGAAUUAAUCGGGCCGCGAAUUACAGCUAAAGAAGCCCGUGGAAGUGGGAUAUCGCUAAUUCCAAUACUCCAUCAUUGUUUCCACACUCUUUUACAGGGAAAGCAAACGGCACCGUUUUCACUACCGGACUGGAAAAGAGAGACGCUGAAAGAGCAAACGAAACCCUAACGUCAUCACAUCUCCGUCUUUGGUACACUACCCUCUUCUCCUUCUCGAUGACUGGUGUAAAGACAUAAUGUGAAGGUCUUAUUGAUCAUGUUCGAAAGUGUGUGUUAAUUUCCCCUUUUAUGUAAGUCUGUCCUUCGCUUGGCUGGGACCAGUUACAUGGAGUUGAGUGACGCUUUGCAGAUGCUUCCUCCUCCACCUGGGAGUUUCAUUGACCGUGAGGAACUUAUUCAACAUGUUGGGGAGUUUGCCAUAUCCCAGGGAUAUGUUGUUACCAUCAAACAAUCAAAGAAGGACAAAGUUGUGGUCCUCGGUUGUGAUAGAGGAGGUGUUUAUCGAGAUAGGCGUAAAUCCAUUGACGAGGCCUCAGGUGAACAUGCACGCAAAAGAAAAUCUGGCUCUCGACUUACAAACUGUCCCUUUGAACUUGUGGGUAAGAAGGAGGAUGGUUUGUGGGUACUUACUGUUAAGAAUGGUUCACACAACCAUGAACCAAUGAAGGACAUCUCAGAGCAUCCCUCUGCUCGUCGCUUUAAUGAGAAAGAAGUAGUGUUAAUCAAAGAGAUGACAGAUGCGGGUCUUAAACCACGCCAAAUACUAAAAAGACUAAGACAAAGCAAUCCUGAACUCUUAUCAACACCAAAGCAUGUUUAUAACAUUAAAGCCAAGCUCCGGCAGGGGAACACUACAGUGAGGAGAUUGAAGACAUUGAGACCUCUUACAGCUGCAGAAGGAAACUCUGAGCCUUCAACAUCGACUGAGCCGUCAUGGAAGAAGCGCUAUCCACCAAAGGUCCCAAAUCUCAUUGGUGGUAGAUUUGUUAAUUCGCAAUCAUCAACAUCUAUUGAUGUGUUAAACCCUGCUACACAGCAAGUAGUUGCUCAAGUUCCUUUAUCGACGGUUGAGGAAUUUAAGGCUGCAGUAUUUUCAGCAAAAAGAGCUUUUUCAUCAUGGCGGAAUACACCAGUUACAACUCGUCAACGAAUCAUGUUCAAGCUGCACGAGCUUAUCCGGAGAGAUAUUGAUAAGCUUGCCAGCAUUAUUACAACAGAGCAAGGAAAGACAUUAAAAGAUGCAUUUAAUGACGUGUCCCGUGGGAUUGAACUGGGGGAAAAUGCUUGUGGAAUGGCAAUGUUGCAGAUGGGGGACUUUGUUUCAAAUAUAUCAAAUGGAAUUGAUAGUUAUAGCAUUCGUGAGCCUCUUGGUGUUUGUGCUGGAAUAUGUUCUUUCAGUUUUCCGGCCAUGAUCCCAUUGUUGAUGUUUCCGAUUGCAAUCACAUGUGGCAAUACCUUUAUUUUAAAACCAUCAGAGAAAGCUCCAGGGGCAUGCGUGCAUCUUGCUGAGUUGGCAAUGGAGGCUGGUCUACCUAAUGGUGUCUUAAAUAUUGUUCAUGGCACCAAUGAUAUUGUUAAUGCUAUCUGUGAUGAUGACGAUAUUAAAUCUGUGUCAAAUGUUGGUUCAGACGCACCAGGAAUGUAUGUUCAUGCAAGAGCAUCUGUCAACAGUAAGUGUGUUCAGAUCAAUGUUGGUGCCAGGAGUCAUGCAGUAGUGAUGCCGGAUGCAAACAUGGAGGCGAGUUUGAGUGCUCUGGUUACUGCUGGUUUAGGUUCUUCAGUACAAAGGUGUAUGGCAAUCAUAUUCGUUGGAGGCUCAAAAUCUUGGGAAGAUAAGUUAGUGGAGCGCGCCAAGGCACUCAGAGUAGAUGCUGGAACUGAACCAGGUGUGGACAUUGGUCCUGUGAUUAGUAAGCAGGUUAAGGAACGGCUAUCCAGGGUGGUGCAAACAUUUGUUGACAAUGGUGCUCAAUUAGUCCUCGAUGGGCGAAAGAUUGUGGUUCCUAGAUAUGAGCUGGGAUACUUUGUUGGUCCCACAAUCUUGACUGAUGUAACAGAAGACAUGGAGGGUUAUAAGUGUCUGCAGGGGGGAAUUUUGGGUCCAGUUCUUCUUUGUAUGCAGGCUGCAACUUUAGAAGAGGCAAUAAGCAUUGUAAACAGAAACAAACAUGGAAGUGGAGCUUCCAUAUUUACAUCCUCCUGUGCUGCUGCAAGGAAAUUUCAGAAUGAGGUCGAGUCUGGGCAAAUUGGCAUCAAUCUGGCUGUUCCAACACCGUUACCAUUAUUAUCAUUUUCGGGGUCCAAGGCAUCAUUUACCGGAGAUACCAAUUUCUACGGUAAAGUUGGAGUUCAGUUUUACACCCAGACGAAAACAGUAACUCAGCAAUGGAAAGACUUCUCUGGUAAUGGAACAUCUGCAACUAUAAUGUCAAAUGAUCGACCGAAUAAUGGUGAAGAACAGAAUACAUUGCAGUCGCUGGAUUUCGCAAGUAACGAUGUUGUAUCUCUGGGAUUGCAUUUGAGAGAUUUCUCGAAUAAUGAAAUGGUAUCGCUCCCAUUGCAUCCAAAUGAUAUUCACAGUAGGGAAGGGGUGUCUAUACCGUUGCAUUCAAAGGAUUUUCCAAGUAGUGAAGGGGAAUCUCUUGCUGAGCAUUCAAGGGACAUUCUGAAUUCUGAUGGAAUAUCUUCGGGGCUAGCAUCAUUGGAUGGAUCGCAAUGGACCUUAAACUUUUAGUGCAUGCUUCAUGCUAUUUCAAAGUAGUAAUGAAAAAGUACGGUAAAAAAGAUUUUAACUUAUUUUCUACUUUAUUAUUGUUACUAACUUCAAUCUUCUAUGUCAUGAUAAUCCAAGAGA